GGAAGAAACACCGCACAUUGACCAAAUUAACCUUACUCCACUCACAUCCCCUCGUCACAUAACAAAGGUCAAAUACGUAAUUCAGUAAUAAGAAGUCGGUUUCUCAUUCUGGGCAGCAAACAAUUCCCUUUCUCCGCCCCUCCCCUUUCCCACUCCCAAUUCCGGCAAACUUCUCUUUCUCUCUCUCUCCCCAUUGCCACACCCUAGAAAACUUUCCCACCAGAAAUUUUCUCGGCAACCAAACAGACCCACAUAACUCUCUCUACGGUUUCAAAAAUACCCUUCUCCACCUCAAACGAUUCCCGCGGCUCGAUACAAUGGUUUUCUCAAGCAUCAGACGCUCGAUCACCCACUCGGCUCGUUCCAAACUCAAUAGAAAUGUGAUUUCGGGUUCUUACAACUGGAGGAACACGCUGCGGCACGAUUCCUUUCCGCCGUCUUUGACGCCGCUCGGCAAUGCGUGCGUUGAUGGCUGCGUAGGGAUUCUGAGGGGAUAUAUAGCUUACAAUGGAGCUGGGAAGCAGCUCUUAUCGAAAGCAUACAUGUCGAAUUUGAAGUCUGUUCUCGGAAUCCCUAGAAUUCGUCGCUUGUUCUCCAGCCAAGGCCCCGGGAAAAAAACAUUACGAAAACUAUUAUCCGAAAAACAAGAAGGAAAUUCCGAAAGGGGGCGAACAGAAAUCAGCGUCCAAAGAGGGAUCAGGUGCAGGUGGUCAGGGGAAUACUCGGGGACAGUUUUCGAAGCAGAUUCAAGAUUUAUUGCUCCUUUAAUGUUCAUUGGCUUUAUUGUCACAUCAUUAUUCCUUAAUCCUCAUCAAACGAAGGAGAUAAGUUUCCAAGAGAACAAGACUUGUAAGGAUUGCAAAGUUAUACCAGGAGAGAGCGUGGCUAAUCAACAUCGCUUGUUGGUGAUGGAUGUACAUAUCAAAAGAGGGAGACAAAAGAACAAGACUUGGAAGUGCCCAAGGACUAGAUGGUGGAAUCUAAAAGAAGAAAAACAAGCCAUUUUCAAAGAGAAGUUAAUUCCGAAAGUAUAUGAUGCCUUUUGUCUUUAAAUCUUUAUAAUUUGUAUUAAUAUAUGUUGUGUUGCAAUGUUUGAAUAGUUUCCGACUGCAGACAGUCUUGUGUUACAAUAACCCAAUUGUCUUAAAUUGAUCAAGCACAAUGCCUCAGAACGACUUGGAGAACUUGUCAUUAAAUGCGGUGAUAUUUUUGGAGUAGGUUUUGUUGGUGAAGAUUUCAACUGGAGCGCAGAACGACUUGGAGAAAGUGACCAAUGACAUAUGCUCAAGUUGCAGUGUAUGACUUCAGUUACAAGG